AUGGACAACUACGAGCAUCCAACGACCAAGCAACUUCGCUUUGCAUCCGAGCCCGAAGUGCAUGAGUACACACCUCCCACUUCGCCUAGGUCCGCAUUGGCUGCUCUCGGCCAGACCCACACGAACAACGCGUACGUUCCCGCUUCCAACUUCGUUACCAUUGAGAUCCUUAUCAACGUCGUCCCUAGCACGCAACUCAUUCCUACCAACCCUGUCUUCGGACAUGGGCACCCAUACGUGGCUCAGCCUCCAGGCUACAUGUUCGUGGCGUCGAACGGAGACCCUAUGACAAGCAUGGCGGGGAUGCCUAUCGGGACCAGCAGAAACACGUACGCUGGUGUCGAACAGGGCGCGCUCGUCGGGACCGGCGGAAACACGUACGCCGGCACCGCACAAGCUCUCCCCACACCUGCGAUCCACAGCGUCCUCGAGCACUUCCCACUCAAGUGGGAUGUGCGGACGACGCAAGGACCGCGAGGCCUCCCCGUCCAGCUUUCGAGCCAGCAUGCGUUGGGCCCUGGCAUGUCCUCCUGCAUACUGCGCUUUUCCGCUCCACGCCGGCGCGAAUUCAGGAAGACGGUCUGGGGCACCCAAGCCCUCACCGUCGGGGACGUCCUGAAGGCGAUACACGAAGCCUUGUACGAGCCUCUCCAUCCAGGCGAUAACGGCGUGCUCACCGCAGCGCUGGCUGCGCGUGAGCAUCGCACGCUGCGUCGGGAUGCUGACCAGCUGUACAUGGUGGACUUGUAUCCCGUCGCCGGCGGGAGCCCGCCCGAGCUGUGUUUCCUCGGACUCCGAUGGAGUUCGUCGGGGCGCGAGCUCGUGGUGCAUCUUGGGCCUGCAGCUCGGGUCGUAUGA